AGGACGGCACAAAUCAACCUGCCUCUUUUGACUUAACAACAGAAUAGAGAGAGCCGGGGUUAUUAGACAUAGAGAUCAGGAAGUAUUUUUUUUUUAUUUUUGGAGAGAGGAAGAGAGCAGCAGACAAGGGGGGGAGAACUGAAGGAGGAGGAGAAAAAGCCUCACCGUGGAGAUAGAUAGCAGAAAAAUGCUGUCAUGGGGAGAGAAGGGGAGGGAGUCGACAGAGAGGAACAGGAUGAAACAAGGCAGGGUCGAGCAGAGCUGAAAUGUGGAGGUGGCCGCUGGAAGAGGUUGAGGAGAAGCCGUAGGCACUGAGGAGUGCACGCCGAUGGAAAACAUGGUAGAAAGGUUGAUACAGACCGAGCCUCUCCUACACAGAGGACAGAAAGCGGGGCUCCAGUGAUGAUCACAAUCCUCUCAUCUUCACUCUGCAUGAAGGAGCACCUUGCAACUGGAGCACCACCAAAACACACAUAUUCACACUUGCCAGAUCUGGAAACAGCUGCAUAUUCUCCUGAUCUGAAUUUGAAUCUGCUGUAUCUGCUAGUAAGAACAAGAAGUUGUUGACUUAUCAUCACCGGUGCACCGAGUGUGGCACCUUACAGGGGCAUCUAUGAUAAUCCAAGGGAUGAGAGAGUUCAAUCAUCUCUAGUGGUGUCAAUGAGGACUACUGCACAUUUGUUGCUUUUACUCACCAGGAUUUUUUCUUUUUGUGGGCUGCGCUCCCAUUUCACACCAGCACCAUAGAGACCACAGCAGAAAUUUGACAGGGAGAGCAAAAAAAAAAAAAAAAAAAGCUCUGGACCAGCGUGGAGAGAAAAUCUUAGGAGUCAAAAUCUCAGGCAUCAUGCAAUCUGAUGACCUCUUUAUCCGCAAGUUUCGCCGCCAGAGUGUACGGCCACCCAUUGCCACUGUCAACUUUGAUUCGAAACGGGAUGGAGGAGUAGUGGAGUGGCCGCCCAGGAGGGACGGCGAUGGGGCUGCUGAUGGAGAGAGCCUUACUCCCAGCCGUGUGGGGCUGAACCUGCGGUCGGUCGGCCGGGGACACAUCAUGCAGAGAAGUAACAGCGAUGUAACCUUAGGAGACUUGGAUUCCUCUGGGAAGGCAGGAGGGAAAGCAACUCGGGCAGCGGGAGAGAAGGUGGGUGCAGGGGCUCAGGGGGACUCAGGUGUGCUCCUACACAGGGAAUAUGGUAGUCUAUCCUCACUGGAGAGGCAAACUCAAGCCCAGGAGCCAAGUGCAGACGACCAGGGGGCCAUCAGUCCAAAUGCUCUCCGCUUCAAAGACCCUUUCCUGCUUUUAGGACUACAGGGCAAUCCACCAGAACCAGACGGAUACUUCCGAGUUCUGUCUCCUCCCACAGGAGACUCCCCGAAGCCGGCCAAGCCUCCAAAGCCUGACGGUCUUAGUAAGAAGACCAAACCAAUGCCCCCUCAGAUCCCCCGACCCGGUCCUUAUGACAGUAUCGGCGGCGGAGCCUGGGUAAGGAACUUCGCCCACUAUGAUGUUCAGAGCAUCCUGUUCGACCUCACAGAGGCGGCUUCAAACAGAGACAGCAUUGGGCGGAAAAAGAAUAUCACCUCAGGGGCUUCAGCCGCCUCACAGCUGCGCCCCCUCUCCCAGGUCACCCCUUCGUCACCUGCGCAGGGCGGAGGUGGCAAUGGAGGGAAUGCAGAUGACCCUGAGCAGUCACUGCUACUGGACGAAGGAGAUGGCAACGAUAACGAGCUCUUGCUCAGCUGUCCCCACUUCCGUAAUGAGAUGGGGGGCGAAGAGCGGGUGGGUUUGGGUCGAUCCCAGGGCAGACGGGGCUUCUGGUCGAGCCUACGCAGCCCCAAUGAUGCAGUGUCGGUCCUGGAGGAGCCCAGAGAGAGUAAUGUCCAACAGCAAGGCAAGAGCAAUUACUUCAUAGAGCAUGCGGAUUUGGGAGCCCACUACUAUCGCAAAUAUUUCUACAUGAAAGAACAUCAGAACUUCUUUGGCAUGGAUGAUCGCCUUGGUCCAGUGGCAAUAAGUUUUCGCAGAGAGGAGAAAGAGGGAUCCAGCGGUGCUCAGUACAAUUACCGAAUCAUCUUUCGUACAACAGAGCUGAAGACACUUCGAGGCUCCAUCUUGGAGGAGUCGGUGCCCUCCGCCGCUCGCCACACGACCCCCCGAGGUCUGUCGCCCAAGAGGCUGCUGGAGUUUAUCAUCCCUGAACUGAACCUGCACUGCCUUCGCCUCGCCUCCAACUCCCCCAAGGUCCGAGACACGCUGCUGAAGCUGGAUGAACAGGGGCUGAAUUUCCAGCGUAAAGUAGGAGUGAUGUACUGCCGGGCCGGGCAGAGCUCAGAGGAAGACAUGUACAACAACGAGAGCUCUGGGCCGGCGUUUGAAGAGUUCCUGGAUCUGCUUGGGGAGCGGGUGCGGCUGAAGGGCUGGGAGAAAUACCGAGCUCAGCUGGACAACAAGACCGACUCAACGGGGACCCAUUCCCUCUACACACGCUACCAGGACUAUGAGAUCAUGUUUCAUGUGUCCACCAUGCUGCCCUACACAGCCAACAACACGCAGCAGUUGCUGAGGAAGCGACACAUUGGGAAUGACAUAGUGACUAUCGUGUUCCAGGAGCCAGGUGCUUUGCCCUUCACUCCAAAGUCCAUCCGCUCCCAUUUCCAGCACGUCUUCAUCAUUGUUCAGGUUCAUGAGCCCUGCACUGACAACACCUACUACAGAGUGGCUGUGACCCGCUCUAAAGACAUCCCAUUAUUCGGCCCACUGUUCCCUAAGGGUGCCCGAUUCCCUCGCUCGCCUGCCUUCAGAGACUUCCUGCUGGCAAAGGCAGUGAAUGCUGAAAACGCUGCGGAGAAAUCAGAGAAGUUCCGCUCCAUGGCCACCCGCACACGGCAGGAAUACCUGAAGGAUCUGGCUGAAAACUACGUGACCACCACGCCCAUCGACUCCUCCACCAAGUUCCCCCUCCUCUCCCUGGGAGGCAAGCGCAAAGACAAACCGAAGGGAGCCAAAGGAGCCGAGCUGCACAGUGCCGGCGCGCUGGUGUGGGCGGUGACGGUCAACAGUGGAGAUGAAGGGGAGACGGGAGAGCACAAGCUGCCCUGUCUGCUGGGGGUGUCGGCCGAGUCGGUGGUGCUCAUCGAGAGGUACACGCGAAGGGUAGUGUUUAACUGCUCCUGCCGUGAUGUCAUCGGCUGGAAGGCAGUAACAGAGACCAAGGAGGGCGGGCCUUGCUUGGACAUCUUUUAUGAGCGUGGGGAGUCGGUGUCAAUCAGUGUGAUGGAGAGCCAGCCGGAGGAUAUACGAGAGGUGGUGCAGAGACUCGAGCUGGUGACCCGGGGCUGCGAGGCGCUGGAGGUCACCCCCCUGCGUGAUGGAGUGGGCCAGCCCGGGUUCCUGAUGAGCGAGGAGGGCUUUGUGACCGAGCUGCAGCGGUUCUGCUACGCCGAGAGCGGAGGCCUGCAGCUGUGGGCCCGUGUGGUGCGGCUGUGUGGACACUCCCUGGUUCACCUCAGUCCGGACGAGAGGACCAGGCUGCUCCGCACGGCCCACAAGAUCCACAUCACCGUCAUCCCGCCAGACGAAAACGGCAAACCUCGCAGAAGUUUCUCAGAGCUGUACCAGAAAGCCAUCAAGGAUGCAGAGUGUAAGCCAGGUGAGGGCCAGACCGGGGAGGCCUGGGUCCUGGAUGAGAAGGAGGAGGACGAGGUGCAGCAGGAGGGCGAACAGCCAGGAGAAGUCACUGAGGCCGGGAUAAUGGAGGUGCAGGUGGAGGGGGAAGAAGGUGAAGACCAGCCGCCUGAAAAAGGGCAAAGUGAGAAGAGCCAGAGCUCGCUCCUCUCCCCGCCCAGCCUGCCGUUGUUACGGGCCACCUCUCUGCAGGACCACCCAGCCAGCCAGGCCCAGGAGUCCACUCCAUCCCAGCUCACACGCAGCUACUCCCUGGAGAGGCAGCCGCCCUUCAGGGACACAUGUGAUGGGCACGUGUACGACAACGUGGGGGUGAAGGUGGACUGCCACAUCUAUGAAAACCCCGGGGAGCUGAGGGACGCCACACCUGAUCUCAUCCUGGCUGUCAAACCCAAGGUGCCCCUGGAGGACGAGCAGUUUCUUGGGGCUGAGUUUGGUGAGGAGAAAGCCUCAGCGAGCGAUUCCUCCUCCCGGCUGUCAUGUCUGGACAGAGCGGACAGAAACUCUCGGGCCCUCAGCCUUCAUAACUCCAUCACCAAGAUUCUUUCAGAGACAACAGAUUCUUCCGAGGAGGAGUGGCAGUCCAUCGCAGAUUUGGCCACAGCCUGCCGCAGCAUCCUAGAGGCUUUGUCACGAGAGGACCGCAAAGCUGCAGACGCUUCCCAAGCAGGAGGUGACCAGACAGACAGCAAACCCAGAGACACAAAAGACAGUGACUCUCCAGGCCACCUGGAGGAGAAGGUUUCCCAGCUGGAGGCCAUGCUGAAGAGGCUGCAGGAUGACCUGCAAAAGGAGAAAGAGGACAAGGCGGUGCUGCAGGCCGAGGUGCAGAGCCUCAGGCAGAACAACCAACGGCUGCAAGAGGAGUCCCAGAGCACCGUGGCCCGCCUCAUCAAAGUCACUGAGCUGCUGUGCAAUGUCAAUAAGCCCUGUUAGCUUCAUCACCACACACACAUACAAAUACAUACACAUACACAUACACACACACACACACACACAAACACAAACACAUGGAUGAAGAAAAACAUGCAAAACACGUAACCUACUUGUACAUUCAGUGCAGUUAUUUUGUACAAACUAAUUUGAAGUCAUCAUAACAAAUGCAAAACACUCGGACACACACACAUACCUGCAUCGUCUACAAUCUGUGUAUCAUCACAGCCGCUGUAUUGUAUCCUGGACCUGCCUGCUGGUGAAGGAGUAUGCAAACCAAUCAGAACCAUGACAGACUUUUGUAACAUCACCUGACCUUCAUAGACUGACUGAUGCGCAGCACUGAAGCUGCUCUGUUGGCGUGCUUUGCUCAGUGUGCGUAUGUGUGUGUGUGCGUGCGUGUGUGAGUGAGUGUGAGUGCACGCGUGUGCCUGCGUGCAGAUGUGUGCAUCUCUUACCUUGCUUCAAAAUACUUGACGAGCUGGGCUGAAUAGCACUUGCAUAAAAAGUGGCAAUUAAGAUUGAGAGACACUGUAUAGCAUGUUUGGUGGUGUCUUAUUUGAAAUUGACCAAAAGUGUACAUAUUCCACCUAUAAUGUAUGUGAACUGUAGUAUCCCUAAACUCUCUGCCAAACCCGUAGUUACAACGACUGGCCCUGCCUUGCACCAUUAGUGUGUAAGGGCUUUGGAAUAAAACACAAAAAGAAAAAAAAAGAGGAAAAUGACAAUGACAAGCCCGAAGGCAGCCUUCUACUUCAAAAGAUGUAACGAUGCUGGCUGCCUGGCCUCAGAAGAGGGUCCAUUAUUUAGGCCAGGAUGUUAUUAUCUGCCCUCUUCACUUCUCAGUAGUACUGUAUUUAAGAAAUUGUGGACUUGGUUUGAGAGAGUGUGUGAGAGAGAGAGAGAGAGAGAGAGAGAGAGAGAGAGACAGAGGAUUUCACAAACCCCAUAACUGACAGAGAUGCAACCUGGACGGUCACUGAAAGAAAUUGCUGAAAAGGAAUUUGAGCAAAACGAACUGUUCCUGUUGAAAGCGUUGCGCACAGAUUACUAAAAGGGAGAACCAAAAGGGUUAUACCUCUCCUGAAGACACAGACAAUGACAGGAAAGAACUGCCUCGGCUUCCUUCCAUUGCCUGUAGCUGUUUUCUUCUAACCUCACUAUUGUAGCAGCCAUACUGUAGAAGUACUCCUCCUGCUGGCCUGAUCCACAAAUGCCAACAGGCAGCUUUUCUUUCAGCUGGCAAAAUAGCUUUAGGUGUCCGAAUAAAACACCUUAAACUAAUAGCGAAAUACCAGACUAUUGUAUUUAAAUAUGUUUUGUGUUCGGCGGAUGUCUACAGUGACUAUUUUUGGGUAAUUGUUUAGUAUGGCUUAUGAGUGGUAGCGUUAAGGACAAUAGGUGAGGGCUUACCAUUCCACCCUAUUGUGUGUUUCUGUGUGUUUCUGUGUUGUUCUUGCACUUUUUUUGUCAAAUCAGCACUGGACAGGGCACAUCCUUUAUUUAGCCUGCCCGGGUUGUGUCUUGCUCAAAAUAAGAAAGUGGAUUUGAUCUCAUCCCCCCGCUUCCCCUCACACCACCUUACCUCUCCUUCAUGUCCACUGCUGACGGCGCCAAUAACAAUGUGAGUUCAGAGGAGAAAGGCUGCUUCUCCUCCCAGUCAGACUGCUAUGCCAGUGCCAACUAACGCCCAGGCAGCUCUCCACGAAUCCCGCGGAAAUCAAUGGAACUGAACUCCAUCGCUCCGACUUUAAACUCCAACGAAAAGGGAUGCCAAACAUUCGCCAGUCACUCAGACUCUUGAUGCUCUUGUUUCUUGUACACACUCUUUAUCUUCCUCUUGUAAUUUUAUUUUAGAGUCACUGUGAAUACCUGGUACCAGCAUAUUAAGAUACAGUAUAUUCAGAUUAAAUUAUGAAUCUAAACUUUAUCGAUAUGUGAAGAUAUGUACAGCUGAACUGUUCCAUGUUACUUAGUGCAUUGGGUUGUGUAUGCCCUCUUUUGCAGGAUGAUUAUGCAGACUAAAGUGUAAUUGUGGCCAUGUGGGCUGUUUCAUCUACUGUACAUGCUGGAGCCUCAUGACUUACAGGGAGAAGCGGUAUGAGAAGACCUGUUUUACUGUGUCUUGUAUAGUAAUUUAGAUUGUAGGAGGUUGGUCAAGCAUGAGAAUGUGCCAAGCAACUUCCAAGCUCCCUUCUGUAUGUGUGUAUGUAUAAAAAAAAA